CCUUUGCCCUCCCCUUAAGAGCAUUGUCUUGUUUGUGUUUGCUAUUUGACGAGUAACAGCUACUGUCCAGAGAAGACCUAUAACUCCCAUCUUAUUAUCGAAGGUUUCGAUUCAAGUACAAUGGGAGAAGGAGGAACAAGAUGCAUCAAAUUCCUUGUUUUCUUUUUCAAUCUUCUUUUCUUUAUCUUGGGCAUUGCAUUGCUCGGAUUCGGCAUCUAUGCUGAGCUGAYGCUUGGUCCGUACGUGACGUUGUCCUCCGUCAACUUCGCCACAGGCUCUCGACUUCUGAUCGCUGUUGGUGCCAUUAUCACAUUCGUUGCCUUCUUUGGAUGCUGUGGGGCCUGGAAAGAGAACAAAUGCAUGCUGGGCGUGUUUUUCGUCCUUUUAUUCAUUCUCCUUGGCCUUGAGGUUGCAGCCGCAGUUUUGGGAUAUAGGAACAAGGAAAAGAUCGAGUCUGACUUGAAAUCAGACUUAGAAAAGGCAAUCAAGGAUUACCCUGACAAGAACAAGAAGGCCCUGGACGAUCUCCAAAAAGAUCUUAAAUGUUGUGGAGCGAACGGYUUCAAGGACUACAUCCUUAAAGGACUAAAAUUUCCACCAGACUCGUGUAAAUGCAGCGACACAAGCAAAGAAUAUUGCAGCGGAAUUUUGGCUGCGAAAUACUAUAACAAGGGCUGCAUUGAUGGUUUCAAGAAGUUUAUCAAUGACAAGCUUGUGAUCAUUGGAAUACUAGCAAUUGUUUUGCUUGUCAUUCAGAUCCUUGGAAUGGUCUUUGCCAUGUGUCUCAUCUGUAGGAUUCAUAAAGGACAAUAUGCAUAGAUGAAUAACACCAAGCACACUAAUUAAUGUUAAAUGGAUAGCUGCUUACAUAGUCUUUUCUUUCUGAAAUAGCUUUACGCAUUGUGGUCUUGAUUUGGAAAACACCUUUUGUUUAUGUGGCCAAGUAUCGUUUUUAUUAACGAAGCUACACCACAAUGAGCCAUGAUUGUGCAUUUCAGAAAAGAUAUAUCGCAGUUUGUAUUAUUUGUAGGUGUGUCACGUAAUUYUACUGGAUUCAUGUUUCCUAGCGAUCUCUCAGAUCGACCAAAUGUUUUUUAGAUUUCAUUUUACACUUCCUAACGCCAUCUUGAAAGAGCCGAGAAUUUGCAUCACAGCGAGAAUAUGAUUCGCCAAAGAUACCAGAUGCCUGCUAAAUGAUUGCUAAACUCGAUUUGACUGUCAGAACAGAGACUUUUUUCGUACCUUUGCAUUGAGUACAAUCACAUCAUAUACGAAAAUGAUAUCAUUUGUAAUAAGAAUCUCAGGUACUGGUCGUAACGAAUGACUAGAAAGCUAAAAUUUAGUUAAAGACCAGGAUUCUGUUGUAAACUUGAAAAAAAAUUAUCAUAACCGGGGAAAUCUUUACAAAAAGAUAAAAUGUCAAGGUUCGGUUGCUUUUCAAGAUGACGAAGUGGAUUGUAAAAUGUAGAGUGUUAUAAACGUUAAUUGAAAUGGUAUACAUCUAUAACACGAUAAAAACCUCUGUCAUGUAUUUACUAGAAUGACUAACACAAACAAGAUGGCGUUGACUCGGUGUUUAUUCGCACGUGUUACACUUUACAUGCGUGCGCAUGUUACACAGGUAAUCCGUAACAUUCCUCCCCACUAUUGUCUUUCAGUCUACAUUGACAUAACAUGUUGAAUAAAAAAUAACAAUAUAACAA